UUCGUGCAGCCAUGGCCUCCUCCAAUCGUGGCAUUCAGAUCGGAUCCGGUUGGUUCCAGACCAAAAUUAAUCUUAGACCACAGCACCGGGGCGUUCAUCUAGUCACUGAAGAAAUUCUCAGGCAGGUACCUGAGCUCUGCCAAUUUUCCAUUGGUCUCUGCCAUAUUCAAAUUCUACAUACUUCAGCUAGUUUAGCAUUAAACGAGAGCUGGGAUCCAGAUGUGAGAGACGAUAUGGAAAUGAUGCUUAACAAAAUAGUUCCUGAAGGUUUGGAGUACAGGCAUAGCUGCGAAGGACCUGACGAUAUGCCAGCGCACGUGAAGGCUUGUUUCCUGGGCUCAUCGUUGAGCAUCCCAAUCACCGACGGCAAGUUGGCACUGGGAACAUGGCAGGGCAUUUGGUUAGGUGAACAUCGCGAUCACGCUGGUAGUCGUAAGCUAGUAAUAACAUUGACUGGUGUCCUGAGGGAUUCGGGGCGCAGUCCCCUGAGCCCAGUUAGCCCUAUCGCGUCUACCAGCAGCUAGGACCACUCGCACCCCCGAAGGCGUGGCAAGCGUCAGCCGCGUGCGUCCACCUCAAGCGACUCGAGCUAGCAGCCGCUUUAAGUCCUAGUCAACUUCUAAGAGUACAAUCUAUUGAGGAGGAAUGAGCCGGAUACCUCGCGGACUUACCUUUCGCUCGGGGAUAACCACCGUCAGUAGCGAUCAACCGUGUCCUCGAUGUUUCGCGUCAUUCGUCGAGUGAACAGACCGGAGAUCGUGCAUCGUUCAAGACUUGUGUGCGCGCGUGUAUGUGCUUUAGGAUUUUAUUUGUGUCGCUGAUAUUGUUUUGCAUGAAUAUUCUUUUUCAUUCAUGUGAUGAUGAGCUAUUGGGAUUGUCUGUCGCCAAAAGUCGGCAAAAGUUUCCUAGACAGAGGAAUCCAUGGGACGACCUAAGGUUUUCAACCUGGAUGUUACCUUUACAACUCAGCAACUCACAUUUUAAGGGAACUUAAAUGGUUACAUUAAGAUAUAAAAAAAUUUACAUUUGGCAUUUGAAGAUACAAAAGACUAUCUUUUAAAGCUGUUUCUAUAUAUUCCGAGAAUUUGGAAGCUAUAAUCUUUGCAACAAUUCGAAAUGCUUCCCUUGUUUUUCAUUUCUGGCAUUUUGUUUAGCUUGUAUAUUUGUCACGUUGGACAUUCACAACAUACAAUAAUAAUAAUAGUAAUAAUAAUAAUAAAAUAGAUGGAUAUGAAGAGAUAGAGAGAACAGAGAGAUGAAGAAAAAACUGCCACGGCAGAUGCGUGCAUUGCACGUGUCUCAUGUAAACAAAACGAAUUAAACGCAAAUAUCCAGCACUCUUCCGCUUCGUUCUUGAAGAGAGAAGAAAAUAAAAAGCGAGAGACACUCUAAGGAAAGCAAUUUGAGAAAAAAGAGAAAGAGAAGGGAAAGAACACACACAAAUUUAUGCAUUCCGGAAACGCGUCCAAUACUCCGAAUUUACGUAGCUUUAUUUAGGAAAUCUUUUGUAUAAACAAAGUUAACAAAUAUGAGCAGCCAUGCAAGGACUCACAGUAUCCUUUUUUACACUCUGCUAUCUUUGAGCUGUCUGAAAAUGAGAGAUAAAGGAGAGGGAUUUUAAAAAAAGCAAGAUAAACAAGAGUGAGAGAGUGUAAAGUACGCGUUGCGCACUUUCUAAACCGCUUUAAAAAUGAUUAGGAGCUCUAAAUUAAUUGCUCGUGAAUACUGAUGUUUACAUCGCAUUGGGGGUGUGUAUAUGUAUAUAAGGGAAGAAGGGGCUAUGAUACUCUUACCUGUGCGCGUUUCCACUAAAGUUAUAGGGUAUGUUAUAUUUCAUGGGCACACAUAGCGCGAUUAUACAGUCUUAUGUGAAUUAUAGCGCAUAUGCAAAGUGCGCAAAAAAUUUAAGUAUAUAAAUACUACAAGAGAAAAAUUGGCGAAAAACUAAGUAAUAACAAGUUAUAACAAGUGAUACUUUUUUUGAGUAACAAUUUUUUUAAUACAACAGUUUAGAGAUUUUAUCAAUCGUGAACUGCAGUAAGAGUUAUCUUUAUGAAUUAUGCGUUAAAUAGUUGUUAAUGAUUGCUAAAAAUUAUACAUUGAUAUCGUACAUCUCA